GUGUUAAUGACUGUAGCUCUACAGCUAUAGCCCAAGCUCAAGCUACUCUGGACUGACGAUCAGUUUCAGUUUGGAUGCAAUCAGCUCACGUCAACACAGCUCGCUAAAAAUGAAGUCCGCAGUUAUUUGUUUCGUUUUUCUGGUGACUGGAACGUGGGCACAAGACACAAUACCAGAAGUUCCAAUAGAUUUUCCGCCGCCCACUACAACAACAGAAGGAACUACAACCACCACCAAAACAGAGGAACCAACAAUUCCAACAACAGAAUCCAUCUCAACUAUAACCACAGAGCCAACAGAACCUGCAACUUCCACAACGGAACCCACCACAACUUCCUCCAAGGAGUUUACUACAACUACAACAACGAAACCCACUACAACUUUCACACCAGAGUUCACUACAACAACGGAAGUAACAACAACUUCAACAACGGAACCCACCAAAACAUUCACAGCAGAGUCCACCACAACUUCAACAACGAAACCCACCACAACUUCCACAGCAGAGUUCACUACAACUACAACAACGAAUCCCACUACAACUUCCACACCAGAGUUUACUACAACAACGGAAAUAACAACAACUUCAACAACGGAACAAACUUUAUCUUCAACAACACAAAAAGAUCCAAUUGUUCCGACCUACAGACCACCAUAUGUAAGACCCACGACUUCAAAGAGACCUUGGAGCUGGAGCAAGCCGGCAGAUAAUUGUUAUCUAAAAGAACAACAAGAGUACAGCAGGACUUGUUAUGGAUGGGGCUGGCAGCAGACGACUGUUUGUUAUCGCUGCUGCUAUUACGAUUACACCGGAAUCGCCGGAUGCAGUAAACUUCACAAGGGGCGGUGUUCGUGGUACAAUUUUGAUCGAUGGUCAAUACAGACUGUAUAUGACGCCUUUAUGAUAUAAUUAAAGCCACAGUCGAAUUCCCAUGACUCAAAACAGCAUCUUCCAACACAUUUUUUUAAUAACUAAAACUUCUAGUAAAGAGCAUUUGGACUAUUACCACCUUAAAACUUCUUAUAUACACAUCGAGCUACAGAAGUAUCAGUAUCCUAAACAAUAGUAAUUAAAUAAAAGCAGAGCAUUAUCAUCAUUAUACAACGAUCGCAACCGGUAUCCCGAGCGUGAGGGCGUUCUGUCUCGAUAGGGCGGCGUGUUUGAAAGGUGUAAAAUUGAAAAAUAAAUAUACUUUUUUAGUAAGAUCGAACCAAAUUUAAAAACUAA